GGCCGUGGUGUAUCCCGUGGGGCUGUGGAGGUGUCGUGCGGGGCCGGCGGUGCGCUGCGUGUACGCCCCGCUGCUGAGAGCGAGUGGCUUACAUGCGGUGCGGGCAGCCGUGUGUCUGCAUGUGGGAAGUACGCCGACCUCUGCCGCCAGCGUACCGCAAGAGCAGCAAGAACAACAACAAAAACUACCACCGCUGCUACUGCUGGACAGCCAAAGGCGGUGAUGGCGUUUUUUGGUAUUACUUGGAAUUAUCCUCGUUACUAUAAUGAGUCGGCUGAGGACGUGAAAAAAAAGAAAAAGGUGAUGGCGAGUUCAAAUUCUGCGGGAUUCGAAGAUUUUCUUGUAAAAGCAAGCCAUGAUCAUUAUUGUGAUAAGUACCCCUAUUCUACUAUUGAUGGUGUACCGUGUUGGAAGAGGAAAUUACUUGAGACGAGUAAAGUAGGAACGAAGUCAUUCCAGAGUCCAGCAGCAGGGGAUCACUCCAGUGGAGGAAGUAAUGCUAGCUCUUCACCGCACGUUACACAGCUAAAUGAUAGUCUCCAACACGGUGAUCCAGCAGCUGAAGUAGAAACAGGAAAGCCACUGGUUACAUCACAAGUUGGUCGUGAUGGUGAUUUGCAACCCAGUGGCCCUGAGGGUUCUGAAGCACAACAUCAGUCGGUUAAAGGAGAAACAGUAACAAGUCCGUCGACAGAAGAAAGCCAAUCUCAGGGGUCUACUCCACCUACAAAAGGUGAUGCAGCACCACAAGGUGAUCAAGGAACACCGAGCAACACAUCUGAUAACAGUAAACCUGCCGAUUCUAAUGCUACCCAGCAAUCUUCUCCUGUUCUUGAUGCUACCGCCGUACCAGACUCACAAGAUACCAAUUCAACGACUCUGCCGAGCCCCGAGAACACUACCACAGAAGCACCAACCACCACUCCAUCACCUGUUCCCGUAACCGAUACAGAGACCAACACCAUCACUUCCAAUGUGAAGAAGAAUGCCAAUGCUGACAGCAGUGUCAGUCCUGUGUGGAUGCGCACUGCAGCACCGCUACUGAUUGUUGCUGUGUUGUUCUCCGCUACUGUGUACUGA